AUGUUCGAGCCCACUCCCGGGGACCCAGACCCGGAGCCAGAGCCAGAACCGACCAAGAAGCCUGAGCCUUCAUCAACUGCGCCUUCAAAUGGCAUCAAGACACCCGACCCGAUCCAGCCUAGCAUGGUUAAUAACUGCAAUAAGUUCUACCUUAUCUAG